AUGGACUGGCUCAAACAGGCCCUGGGCAGCUCGACGGCCGACUGGCAGAUCGUCGUGACGCACUUCCAGGGGGACUCGAUUUGGGAGACCUUUGCCAGGGACUACGGCAUCGACCUUUUGAUCAUGGGCCAGCAGCCUGUCCAAGAGGUGCUGUACCUUGAUGACACGAACUCCCUGAGACCCACUGGCGUAGUGAAUGCAGGCGGAGGCGGCGGAACCAUCUCCCAGCAGGCUCCCGACCCGGGUGGCCACGACUUCCAGUAUGGUUUCGUAGACCUGACUCUGUCGAAGGACCUCAUCAAGAUCGAACUUGUUUCUCACGGGGGCGUGGUGGUGGACAGCGCCUCUGUGCGCCCUCGGGCUCCUGGGGAGGACUACGAUCCCGACAAGGACUACAGCUCGCCUUCGGGGGGUGCUGACAGCUCCAUGAGUUCCAGUAGGCCUUCGACCACUACUGAGGCGCGCGCGUCCACGUCGGCGAAGCUGCUGGACGGCGGGGCGGAGGAGGGCAGCGAGGUCGGCGGCGGCGGCUCCGAGGACGGCGGCGACGAGGAGUACGUCCCCGAGGGCGGCAGCGGCAGCCUCGUGGAGGAGCUUGGGCAGGACGGCUUUGAGGCCUCCCUGGAGGUGAGCCCCAGCACUGUCGGGACCCGGAACGACACAGUGGUUUUCGCCUUCGUCGCCGAGAACGUUGACUAUCAAGCCUUGGCAUCCAACAAGAAAGUGAAAGACUCCCUUGUGAAAGGGCUGAAGCAGGUAGUGGCCGAGGAGACCAAGAUUCGCGCUGAAGGCGUGGCGAUCGAGCUGUCCAAGGGCUCGCUUGCAGUGCGGGCCGUCAUCCACCCAGGCGAUAGGAGCGCCAGCGACGUCAGGGUGGCGCUGGCCGGUUCCGCGAGCUUCGGCGAGUCGCUGACGAAGUGUUUCCACGAUCUCAGCGGGAUCGACUCGGUCUCUACGGGGACGAUCAGGAUCCGACCCGCUGGCGCCCCGACGAUCGUCAAGGCUCCACCGCCGAGUUCGGCAUCGUGGGCCGCCCCACCGUGGGCCGACGGCGAGUUCAUGGCAGGCGUCCCCAAGCGGGCGGUCUGGUCCGGCGUCGCGGGGGCCUGCGCCGCGGUGUUGGUGACGGCGAUGGUUUGCGCAGUCCGGAAGUUACGCUCGGAGGAUACGGCGCGGCUGCCCGUCUCGACGCAGGACGAGCCGCGCGACGCCGGCAAGAGUCCGCUGCUGGAUUCGAGGCGCAAUCCUUUGCAGACUCGG